AUGUUUGUCGGCGGCGUUCGAUCCUCCAAGCUGUCGGCCCUGCUGGCCGGCACAAUCAUCUUCAUCAUCGUCUUCGCCGGCCUGGCCUGGAACCAGAUGGACGCCAUUGAGCUGCCCAAUAGAACGCAGCCAAACCAGAACCAAGGCUCCAGCGCGCCCUCUGAGCACAAGAAGCCCGACCAGCCAUCAUCGCCGUCGUCGCCCUCCGAGCCCGUCAAGCCCGUCACGGCCGACUCUACCCUCCGCGAUGUGUGGUUCGAGGUGCACAAGCCCUCCAUCAAGCCUGAUGCGAAAUUCUACCAGCCCUUUGGCGCCUUCAAGUUUGAGCAGAAGCACGAGACUCACUUCCCGGAGCCCCUGGGCGAAGAUCUCUGCAUCAUCGACCUCGACAACCGCCCCUUUGAUGUCGCCGGACAGGUCUUUGGACCUACUGUUAUGAGCUGGGAGAAGGAUGCCGAAAAGGUCCACGGCCUGUCUGUCGGCGUGCUCAACCACUGGCUCUAUGCCAAAAUCCACGGAUACAAGUACUACUUUGUCGCCAUCGAAAAGCCCGAGGACCGUCGCGCGUCAUGGAAAAAGGCCCCCGUCAUCUCCACCAUCCUCAAGAAGCACAAGACGUGCCUGUACCUCGAUUCCGACGCCAUCUUCCAGAACCUCGACCUCCCCUUCGAGUGGCUCUUGAACUACUGGGACAUCAGCCCCACCAACAACUCGCUCGCCCUUGCUGUCGACCCUGAUCGCGAGUACAACAAGGACAAGUUUGGAAAGCUCAUGCUCAACACCGGCUUCAUCAUCACGCAGAACAAUGCCAAGACCUACGAGAUUAUGGACGCAUGGGCGGGAUGUCCCGAGGAGAACGGCAAGCACCCCGAAUGCGUCGAGUUCCGCACCAACUCUCCCGGCCGACCUACUGACCAGGGCGGUUUCGGCACUUUCAUCCGCUACGACUACCCCGACGACAUCAAGCAGCUCGCCUGCACUGACGCCAACGGUUUCCCUAACAGUGAUUCCGAGUGCGAAGGCCGCUUCAUCCGCCAUCUGUGGACCGGAAAGGACAGCUGGAUCAAGAUCUUUGUCGGCCAGCAGGUUCCCGGCCACUAUCUCGAAAUGUUCCACAAGGAGUUUCUCGAGACCAAGUCUGAAUUUUACAUUACCGAGAAGGAUCUCAUGGCCAAAGCUGCGGCGGAGGAGCCCAAGGCCUCGACUGAGGAGAAGAAGGACAAAUUAUAA